AUGGGAUCCUUUGAGAACUCCCAGUCUACUGAGCGCCGGUUUGGAACCCUCGCGGUUCACGCCGGUGCCCCUCAUGACCCCACGACUGGCGCUGUCAUUGCUCCAAUCUCUCUUUCUACUACAUUUGCUCAGACCAGUGUUGGUAGCCCUGUUGGUCUUUACGAGUACACCCGCAGCUCUAACCCGAAUCGGGAUAACUUCGAAGCUGCUAUUGCUGCCGUUGAGCACGGCAAGUAUGCCCUUGCUUUCUCUUCUGGCUCUGCAACCACCGCAGUCAUUCUGCAGUCCUUGGCUGCCGGGUCCCACAUCGUCUCGGUCUCCGACGUGUACGGUGGUACCCACCGCUAUUUCACUAAGGUCGCCUCCGCCCACGGUGUCGAGGUGACCUUUUCGCCUGCCAUUGAGGAGGAGGUUGAGAAAUUGAUCCGUCCUAACGAGACAAAGCUUAUCUGGAUUGAGACUCCCUCUAACCCGACUCUGAGCUUGGUGAACAUUCGUGCUGUUGCCGAGAUUGCCCACCGCCAUGGCAUUUUGGUGGUUGUUGACAACACCUUCCUGAGCCCCUAUGUUCAGAACCCCUUGACCCACGGUGCUGAUAUUGUGGUUCACUCCGUCACCAAGUAUAUUAACGGUCACUCCGAUGUUCUCAUGGGUGUUGCCGCAUUCAACUCCGAUGAAUUGAAGGAGCGCCUUACUUUCCUCCAGAACGCUAUCGGCGCUGUCCCAUCUCCCUUCGACUGCUGGCUCGCCCACCGUGGUCUGAAGACCCUGCACCUGCGUGCCCGUGAGUCUACCAAGAAUGCUACCGUUGUGGCCCACGCCCUCGAGUCUUCCCCCCACGUCAUCUCUGUCAACUACCCCGGUCUUGAUUCCCACGCCCAGCGUGCCAUUGCUCUCAAGCAGCACCGUGAUGGCAUGGGCGGUGGUAUGCUCAGCUUCCGUAUCAAGGGCGGUCAGGCUGCUGCCCACAGCUUCUGCGAGCACACCAAGAUCUUCACCUUGGCUGAAAGCCUGGGUGGUGUCGAGUCUCUCUGUGAGGUUCCCGCUACCAUGACCCACGCCGGUAUCCCUCGGGAGCAGCGUGAGGCAUCUGGGGUGUUCGAUGACCUAGUUCGCAUGAGCUGCGGUGUUGAGGAUGCCGAGGAUCUCCAGGCCGAUGUGCUCAAGGCGCUUGACCUGGCCGUUCUUGGUUCUAAGGCUUAA